AUGGCACCAUCGGCCCGAUCGAGGCCAGAUCCCGAAGUGAGCAGUCCUUCAGCUAGUGAAACUGCAAAUGCCCUCCAACAAGGGUCCGAAGAAGGGCCAGAGGAUGCGCUUGCACAAGGGGGAUUCUUGUUCGUCGCGUCCACGGGUCAAAAGCAGAAGGACCGCAAGCAGCUCCGAACGCUGCGCGCACAUGUUAUGCACAAUUAUCUGGAACGAAGUCAUGCUGAGCAACAAACGGCAGACCCAAAGAAGGCCACUGUGGUUUCGUUUGCAGGAAACAGACUGCAGACUGACAGACAAAGAGCUGCUGCAACUGGCGGGCAGAAGAUGAGGUUUAGAAUGCGAUCUGGUGAGCUGGAGCUAAGAUAUCCCCACCGACUUCGAAAAGGUAAGAAGAAGACCGACCGGACGAUAGAGGUAGGCGAUAAAGACGCCGGGACUGAGCUUCCAAAAGACAAGACAGAAUCUCUUGUCAGCACGCGGCGGGAGGGAGCCGCCGAGUCCGGAUUUGUACCUGGGAUGCCGGUGACGUGGAUUGGGUCGCGAAAUAUCGAUGUUUUCGGUGUCCUACCGGUCCGCUUGACGGAAGAGGACGACGCAAGGCUUUACCUGUUCCGCCACUAUGAAAGGUACCCGUGGUGUCCGAUCAAUGGACAGAGUACAUGGUCUGAAUUCGCCAUUAGCGACCAGCUGGUCUUUCAUGCGACAAUGUACAGCUGGGGAGUGCAUUUCCGGCAUCGCCGACCAAUUCCCGACUCUCAGGAAGAAACGAAAACACUCCAACAUAAAUUGGCAGCCAUCUCAUUAAUCAACGACCGUCUGUCACAUUCGCAACAGGCCGCGAGUGAUGAAACCAUCGCGGCGGUGGCAGCCCUGACCAAUAUUGCCCUUGUGAUGGAUUCAUACGCUGAGGCCACUAAGCAUAUGGCAGGAUUGCACGCCAUUGUGGAAAUGCGGGGCGGCAUGUCGUCUCUGAGUUCGGGGGUUCAGCAACAUUUGCAACGCUUGAUCAGUUGGAACGAUCUAAUAUACUCGGAAGUCUUUGACGAAAAACUGCGAUUUCCACCAAUCGAGGUGUGGGAUGAAUCAUGGGCAGCCUUUCAGCGGCGCAACUUGUCUGGAGCAUUGCCAGGUCUGAGCCGCGCCGAGCUGAGGGCGGCGGGCGUUCCUCGUCACAAGGUCCUAGAUCUCCUAAACGACAUUCGAAAUCUGUGUGGUGCGGAGCAAACCAACCCCCUACGCACCACUGGUGAAGAGGGAAGGAUGCGGCGCGGUGAUAUGUUCCAUCGGGUAGAAAGAAAAUUGAGACUCAUCGUCCAAGCGGACACUGCACCGGGGAACAAUCGGUGGGACGCGACGGUUUGGCGGGCCGUGUCUCUGGCGGCGUUGCUCUUCACCCACCACCACUUGCGAGGCAACCCGCUCAAGUACCGACAUUUCAGUGUCUUGUCGACACAGCUUUACGACACGCUCUUGACCAUGGACGAGGACCUCACAGAGUUGGACUUCGCACCGGCCAUGUUGAUAUGGAUUCUGUCGACGGGAGCGCUGACGAGUACUCUGGCAGCUGUUCACGCAUCAUUCGUCUUUAUGCUGGGGAAGGCAUGCCACAGACACGGGCUGCUGGACUAUGAUCAGUACCAAGGGACUAUAAGCCAGUUUCUGUGGACGGGCCAGGCGGACCAGUCGAGACAUAGCCAACUGUGGCUGGAGCUGGAGCCAAGUCUGCAGGCGAGAGGGGUUUCAUCCUACCGGCAGCAGUAUGUAUUUGAGAUAUAG